AUGCCGCACUCCCUCCACAGCGCGGUGUACGCUCGUCGCUCCGAAUAUGUUCGUCCCCACCGGGUCCGUUUAAAAGUUGGUACGUGGAACGUGGCCGCCUGUCCAGGCACCGAUCACGACCUGGCAACCUGGUUUGUUUCCGGAAAGGGCGUCGACCACCGACUCUCCAAUAUUAUUGCCGCUUCUAGCAAUGGCGCUCUUCAAAGAGAAACGUCCGAUACGAUCUUUGCGGGACAAGAGCAGGGCGUGGGGGAGGACGUUGCUGCUGUGCGUGUCAUGGGCAGCGAUCAGAUCGGCCUCUACGCCCUUGGUUUGCAGGAGGUUGUUGACCUCAAUGUAGCAAGCCAGUACAUGAACCGUGUAUACACCGAUUCCAAUGCACCGGUUCUGGAUAGGUGGAAGACGGCUUUGGGGCUCGCCCUGCCGGAUGGCUACAAACUUGUCGCCUCUGAGCAGAUGUCGGGUCUUCUGUUGCUAAUCUAUGCUUCUCCCGAGGUUGCCGGUAUGGUCAGCCACGUGAGCACCUCUGCCGUGGGAACUGGCUUAUUGGGAUUGAUGGGAAACAAAGGAGCUGUAUCGGCCAAUAUCGUCCUGGGCGAAUCGACAAGGAUGGUGUUUGUCAACAGCCACCUGGCCAGCGGUAACGAAGCAUCACAUGCUGACCGACGGUGCUGGGACGUAUCCCACAUCGCGUCUCGAACACAAUUCGAACCAUACAACCACCCAGGCCUACCGGAGACCAAGAUGCCGGAAAAAAUUGCUGAUGCCGACUUUGCCUUUUGGUUUGGUGACCUCAAUUUCCGCUUGGAUGAUCUGCCAGGAGACGAUAUUCGCCGCCUUCUUACAUUGCAUGCGCGAGGUGAAUACGACCUAAAGCAAAAGCUGCGGGUGGAUAGCAACAGGGCUGGUAGUAUGCAAGCUGGUGACCACGACUCGCUUGCGGGUGAAGAAGCAUUAGUCUUGCAAAAGCCUACACCCACCGACAGCCGAUCUAGCUGGGCCUCCAGUACAACGAAGGCUUACGCAGACUCGAUAUCAACAACCUCAACGGCGCUAGCAAACGAUGAUGGCAAAGACGCUGUUGGGGGUAUGAAAUUGCUUCCACCGCUGCCAGACCCUGAUGAGUUUGUGCCUGAUGCAUCUGAAGACCCGGCAUCUCUGCAGGCAACCCUUGAUUCGUUGCUUCCUCAUGACCAACUGGGAAGGGCGAUCAGGGAGCGGAAGGCAUUUCACGACGGCUGGCGAGAGGGCCGCAUUACGUUUUUGCCAUCAUACAAAUACGACGUUGGAACAGUCGGUUUAUUUGAUUCAAGCGAAAAGCGUCGUGCUCCUAGCUGGUGCGACCGGAUUUUAUACCGCACCCGCAAGGACAAGGACGACUACGAGCAACAGGUCAAGGAUAAGGAAGAGGCGAAGAAACGGGACAAAGAGAUGACCCAGCGCGGAUUGGACCACGCUGGUGACGAUGACGAGGUCCUUUUUGAGUAUCAACCGGAUACAGACGGUGACGACUUUUUAAGACGCAACUCUACCGCUUCAAGUUUAGACUACGACGAGUACGAUGAUGGCGAAUACAACCCUGACAAGGACAAUGAGGCCGCAUCACAGGAUGGCGUUGCCGACCGCAUCCACCUGGACAUUUAUGCGUCCCACCAGCGCAUCCAGUCGUCCGAUCACAAACCUGUCGUGGCUUUUUUCACAGUUGAUUAUGAUGCCGUUGUCCCAGAGCUAAAGGCAGCGGUGCACGUGGAGGUGGCUAGGGAGCUUGACCGCACGGAGAACGAAAGUAGACCCGGCGUGACGAUUGUUGUCGAUAGCCGCGUGGCUCAUGAUACUAGCAAGUACACAUCGGGGUCAGACGAAGCGGUCGACUUUGGGCUGGUUGUAUUUUUGCAGAAAGCAUCGACAUCGUUGAUAAUAGCUAACACAGGUGGUGUGCCGGCUGUGCUUUCCUUUGUCGAAAAGCCGACGACUGAAGACUUGGCCUCCAGCGAUUUUAUUGCCCACCAUUAUCAGUGGCUCACUACGUCUUUUAUUCGCCAGGACAAGGAAACUGACGAAGAAGGUCCGGUGGAUCUGGGAAAGGAGGUUAUUCUUGAACCUGGCGAGACUGUCAACGCACUUCUUGAAGUCUUUGUGAGCGACGUUACUUUUGCUCGCAUGUUGAAUGAUGGCGUGAGCAAGCUUGAGGAUGUACUGGUUCUUCGUGUGGACGAAGGCAAAGAUCAUUUCGUACCUGUCCGCGGAACGUGGGCACCUACAUGCAUUGGGCGAUCAAUUGAGGAGUUGGUGCGCGUACCUGACGGCGGAAUCCGAGCAUUUGUGGCCACCCUCCACGAAGAACUUGCAAAGAAGAAUGGCCAAACGCCUGGCGCAGACACGACAGCGUUGGGCUCGAUCUCCUACGAUCUCGACGUCCGUUGCGCCGCGCCGAAGGAACUGUUCAAACUGACGGAGAUGAUUGAAAACCUGGUCGACCGAUCCAUUGCGGACGAGCAAAUGCUAAAGGAUUUCAAAAUUCCCGGCGACAAGGCUGGCUGGCCUUUCGAAGACACGACACGGGCCCUAGAUAAUCGGCAUAUUGUCGCAGUGAUCGAAGCCCUCGACGAGGACCGGCCUGUCCUGGAUGCUUUCGAGCCCGAGAUGUCAUCUUUGUUGCGCCUUGAGGUCGUUAGUCAUGUGCUCCUCCUCUUCCUGCAGGGACUCACUGACGGCAUCGUGACAAUCCCAUUAUGGUCUCAGAUCGACCAGGCCACACUUUUAACACUGAAUGGCUCCAAGAGUGUCAAUCCAAUUGCACGGGAUCCGAAUAGCGAGACGGACAAGAGCACGGUUUUGGACUUUCUUUCGUCGACGCCGCACCACAACAUCUCCUUUGUCUUUUUGACAACUACGCUAUCCAGGAUCAUCGGGGAGCUUUCACCAUUAAGUCUUGGGGACUUAGACGCGCUGAGGUCCAUCGGACGGAGCUCAGGAGGAGGUUUUAGUGCGACCAUGGGCGGUAUAGGUAGCAUCGGCCGCCGGUCCCUGAGUAGUUUCAGAAAAUCUGGUGUCAGCCCUGCCAGUACCGCACUGGAAGCCCUAGACCGACGAAUGGCCCGUGAGAGGCGCUAUGCCGAAAUAUUUGGUGGGAUAAUGUGUCGGGUCCCUGCAAUGGCCAAGGACAGAGAACGCAAGGCCCAAGAGGACAAACAGAGGGCGGUGGUGGAGCUUUUUUUAAAGAGAUCGAGAGAGGGGUUGGGAGGCCAGUGA